GUUGUUUUUGUUUUCUAGCGGAAAAGUCGUGCUGUCGGAGUUUUUUUUCUUAAUUUCAUUUGCUCAAUUGUUUUCCAUUUAGUUAUUAACAAAUUCAAGUGAUGCAUUUCAAUUGCUCAAAACUAAUUCAAUUAAUAACAAAAACAUUGAGUGGAUAAGCGAAACGCAGCAGUUGUUCUCGAAUUGGGCACGGAGUACAGUGACGACGCGGCGUCAGCGACGCUAUGCGAUAGCAAUAAAAGGAGGAAAAGAAGAACAAGAAGGAAGAAAGAAGAAAACAACAAAAGACACAAGGUGUGCGCUCUUCACCUGGGCGGUUUCGAUGUGAAAAAAAAACUUUGUAUCAUGAGGCCAAGCCAAUAAACAGCAUUUUGGAAAUAUCAAGAGGCAAAGCCAGAGAGUUUUAAAGUUGUAGGACCACAAAAUAGCACCCCCGCAUCCGCAUCCGCAUUCACUGCAUCCACUGCCCUCCGCCCCAACCACAAGAGGAAGAAGCAGAGAACCGCUGGCGAUGCAAUUGAAGGUGCCCAAGAGCAGAAUAAUGGCCAGUCUUAAAGAUGAGGAAGAAACGCCAACUACCAGCACCAGCACCACAAACAACAGCACCACCAGCAACAUCAACAACUGCAACAACCACACCCAACAGCAAAUUAAUAAUAGUUUCACCAACAACAAUAACAAUAUCAACAAUAACAACGAUGACGAUUUGAAAAGCAAACGUGACGUCUUGGAGGCGCGCAAACAUGCCCUAGAGUCGAGAUUAAGCGAGAAUAGUUGGUUAUUGCAGCAGAUACAGAAACAGGAGGCGGCAAUUAUCAAUGGCAACUAUGAGCAUAUGACAAUAGAUGAAUUAUUUAAACAAUUGGCCCAGCAAUAUAAAAAUGAGCAGCAAUUGCAGGCCUUCAAUAAGGAGAUGCAGGCGGGCAGUAGCUCCAGCAGUUCGAUAUUGAGAAGAAAACAGAGCACCACCAGUCGCGAGAGUCGCGAAAGUCAACAGACAAACUCGAAUUAUUCUAAUAAUAUUAAUAACAACAACAAUAGACAAUCGGAAACAUUAUCGAAUCGCAGCUCAGAAUAUGAUAAUUAUCAACCGAGUGGAGGUGGCGUAGGCGGAGGCGGCGAUAUGUUAAUCAUAGGCGUGGCCCAGUCACAGCAGCAGCAUCCUCCACCCCUAGUGAAGAGUGCUCUAAAGAAGCGUCCCACCCCCACACCCAAUCAAAUGCAAUACAUGAGGCCGCAUUAUCAGCAACAGAUGACCACAGCAACAUAUACGCGCAAUCAAAUGCAUUCAUCUGACGUCAUGUAUUCGGCGAAUUCAUCAAAUGUGGCCACACUGAGGCAGCCUCCACAAGUGGCGCCGCAGCAGCAACCGAUUAUAGUGCAAUGCGAUAAAUAUUAUCUAUCGCCCACACAUCAGAGCUACACGGAGGGUGGUUUCAUCAAGUCCAGUCAGAAUAUUAAGAAAUAUGUAUCUCCAAUGUCCUCGCCACGUCAACUGGAUGCAAUCUCACUGGCGCCCAGUUACAUAUCGGUGGAAAUCGAUCCACAGCAACAGCAGCAGCAGCACCACCACCACCAGCAACAGCAGCAGCAGCAGCAAUAUCGCUGGCGUUCACAGUCUCAUAUUGCCUACCCUCCAUUAACACCCCCGCCUCAUCAUGUGCUGGGUGUCGGCAUUAUCGAUGUAAAGUCUCAGUCAAGUGAUAUGCUUGCCUCAAAUCGUUAUGCUGCCCAAUCCGGCGAGGAUAUCUCAAGCAUUGAGAAGAAACCCAAGCCCAAGCAAUGGUUGGAGUCGUCAUUAGAUGGUCCAGCUGUAAUCAGGCAAUUGGAAACGCCGCACAGUCCAGCAGCCCUCUCCGCCUCCGCUGCCGCCGGCAAUAGUAAUAAUAACAAUAAUGGAAAACCCACUAGAGUCAAACUAUCCUCACAAUCAAUGUCUGUGGCUGGGGCUGGAUCAACCGCCCGUCAUUACUCGAUGUCAUCAAAUCAACGUCCCUCAACUCAUCAUAGUUAUCCUAGCCCCAGCUAUGCUAUAAAUACCAGCUCCAAAGCGUUGCUAAGUCAAUCCACCUCAUAUCUGAAUGCUAUGGAACAAACUAUAGGCAUAUCGGCAUCGUAUCCUCUCGAACCAUUAGAUAUACCAGCGUUUCGAAAUUUACCACCAAAACCGAAUCAAAUGCAGCAGCCCACACCGCCACCUAGACCACCGCCAGUAAACAACAAUAAUAAUAAUAACAAUAAUAAUAAUAGUAGUAGUAGUAAUAAUAAUAAUAAUGGACCUGGAGCUGGGGCAUUGAGUCCAGUGCAAACGGCUCUAGUGUCGCCUCCAUUAGCUGCGGCCACGGCGGUCUUAUCGCCAGAUAUACGCAUAGAAUCACCGAAAAAUAUGACUGUGGUCCAGCGGGCCACCUUCCAGCCCUACAAGGAGGUAACCAAACCCUUCGAAAUGUCCGACUUUUACAAAUACUCUACAAAGUUUAAGCAGAAAGAGGGCUCUAUCGGCGGCAGACCCGAUUGACCAACGAUAUAUUAACUAAUUUGCCAUUUCAAAAUUGGCAUAGCUUUAUUUGUGAUUAAAAAUAUAUAUAUAUUUUAUAUAUAUAUAUACAUAUGUACGUAUCUACUUGUAGCAUUACGAAAGACACAAAACAUUUUCAUUGACUAAAGACUUAAACAAACAAACAAAAAAGGAACAAAAUGCUCAACUAUAUAGCAAAAUAUCCAAAAUUUUUCUGUGAACAAUUAGUUUUUAAACGACGAAUUUUUUGAUCUAUAUACAUACAUACAUAUACCAGGACAAUAUUACGGACUUUUUUUCAUCAAAAGUUGAAUCGAAAGAAAAAAAAAAACAAAAACAAAACAAAAUAUGAACGAAUUGCCUUUGUACAAAGUAUGAAAGUACUUUUUAAAUUUAUAUAUAUAUAUAUUGUAGAAACUAAUUAGCAAUUGUUAUAUAGUGUAUGCAAAAAUUAUUAAUUUUACACUAACUAAACUAUAUUUUUAGAUAUACUUCAUGUACCUAUAUAUAUUAUAUAUAUAUAUAUAUAUACUUAUAGAAUAGUUAUACACGAACAAAUAACAAGCAAUAAAUCAAUAAAUAAUUCAAGAUUUUAAAA